AUGUCUUAUGAUGGCAACAAAAGCCACUAUACUCCACGAUAUAAUUCUUCAAGCUCAAGAAAACUUCAUGAUCAACAAUCCAAAACCGAUAGUAGUAAACCAUCAUCAUCAUCUACAUCAUCAUCUACACUAAAUCAACCAUCAAACUCAUAUCAAUCAAGAACAGCAUCUAAUACCACGGGAGGAGGAAGUAGUGAAACUCGACGAGAUUAUUAUAUUGGAUCAGGUUACAAAUCUCGAUAUAAUGAUUCAUAUACUUCAAAAUCUUCAAGUUCACAUUAUGGAAACAAUACUACCACUAAUGGAAGUAAAAAUGAUAGAGAAAAUGGACAUAGAUCAAGCACUAGCUCAUAUUACACGUCUAACCUGUCAUCAAAUAACGUACCUGUUAGUGCAAGUAGUAUAAGAAGAAAAAAUGAAUUUUCAUCAUCAUCUUUAUCGAGAUACCCUACCGAAUCAAGUAAUAGUAAUAAAACAGGAGGAUCAGAUAAAUUUAUAACUAGAUCAGGUGCAAGUACAUCAUCUUAUGGAAGUUAUAGAAAAGAUUUCAAUUUUAAAAGACAAACAACGCCAGAAGCUUAUAUCAAAGAAAAAUCACCUGUAACUGAUCCUUUAUCUUCAUUUAAAGAUGAAAGAAGAAUAUCAAAUAAUGCUGUUAAAGUACCUAAUUCAUCAACCUCAAAGUCAACGUCAAAAUCAACAUCGACAUAUAUACCAACAUCAAGAAAAUCAAGUUGGGAAACAGGUCGUAAAAAAGAAUUUACUUCAUCGUUACCACCAUCAAGAAAAUCAAGUUUUAGUGAAAGACCAAUUCGAGAUAAAAAUAGAGAAACUUUUCUCAAAGAGAAAGAAAAAUACGAUUUAAAAAGAUCUUCUUUAUCUUCUACUACCAACCCUUCACAUUCAAAAUUAAAUGAUUCAAGAAAGAGUUCAAUUGAUUCUAUUGGUAGUGGUGGUGGUGAUUCUUCUUCAAGAUAUGAUUGGGAUUCAAGAAAAUCAUCUUUGGCUGAUAAAGUUAUUAACAAUAGUGGUUCAAGUAAGUAUGGAUGGGAUUCUAGAAAGUCAUCUACUGAUGAUAAAUAUAUUAAAAAGGAAGAUCAUAAAGUUGAAACUAAGAGAAUUGAUCCAAAGUCGGAAUCUAGAAAAAAAGAAGAAGUAGAUUUAAGAAGAGAAUCAAAAUCUAAUUCAAAUGAUGAGAGAAUUUCAGAUACUUUGAAAUCUAAAAUUGAUCAGGAUAAUGGUUUCAAAUUGAAAGAUCCAGUUACAACAUUAGAUAAAUCCAAAUCACCCUUGUCAGACGAAAAAGCUAAUGCAGUCAAUGAAAAAUCAAAUAAUUCUAAUGGUUUCAUUCUUGAUAAAAAAGAUGAUACCAAAGCUUCACAAACCAACAAACCUAAUGACAAGUAUAAAACUGAAGAAACUCCCAAAUUAAAACCUAAUGAUUCUUUAAAUUCAUCUCCGGUUCAACUUAAUGCUUCAUCAAUAAAAAGAACUUCAUUUAAUGAUUAUUUAAAAAAAUCCAAAGAGAAGAAAAAAGUUAAUGAAGAAAAUUCAAUUACUUUACCUGAAUUAAGAAACAACAAAUCAACUCCAGAACAAGAACAAGCGGAUGAAGAUCGGGAAGAAAGAGACAAAGGUGAUGAAAAAAUCUCGAAUGAUAAAGAUGAAAAUAAAUUAGAAGAUGAUUACCAAAAAAAUCCAAGUUUUUCUGAAAAGCUCAAAGUUGGACCAAAUCAAGAUGAAGAUGCAAUGGAAAUUGAUGUAAUUGAGAAACCAAAUGAUAAGGAUUCUAAUAAAAUUGUUGAUACUGAUCAUAAAGAAACAUCUAAUCCUUUUAAUGAAACCAAGGAUACUUUUAAUAUGUUAGAUGAUGAUGGUGAUACAGAAAUGAAGGAUAAUGAAGAACAAUUACCAUCGGUUCUCGAAGCCAAUAUUGAAGAACAGAAACGUAUAGAUCCAGAAGAAGAUACUAAAAUUGAAGACGAUCACAAUGCCCAGAACAAUAAUGAAAAACUAGACUUAAACAUGACAGCUCAAACUAACUUACAAAAAGAUGACUACUUCACUGAUAGUUCUAUUUUAUCACCAAUACAUGACUCUCAAGUAGACAAAGAUUUUACAAUGAGUGAUUUAGGUCCAAUAUCUGAAAGUCAAACUAAUGACGAUAGAGAACAUGAUAAGGAUUACGAAGACAAAAGCAACCUUUCUGAAACUGAAACUUUAAUAGGUACACCACCAAGACUAAAUCAUGGUAGAAAUUUGAUCAAAAAAACUCCAAUUGAUAAUGAUCGUCAUUUAUUAAAACGUAAAAAGACUAUUGUUGAUUCAUCUGAUGAAGAAAUUGAUAAUAAAGAAGACAUAGAAGAAGAUAAUGAAUUUUCAACAAACAAGAAGGAAACAAAAUCUAAAUCUGACAAAAAAUUACUACCUGGAAAAUCAAUGAAGAAAACUCCUUAUAAAAUUAAACGUGAUUCAAGUGGUAGAUCCUUAUUACAACGGGCUUGUAAAAAAGGGAGUCUUGAAGAUGUUAAAGAAUAUAUAAGUCGUGGUGCAAAUGCUAAUGAAAAAGAUUUUUGUGGUUUUACUUGUUUACAUGAAGCAGCUUUAGAAGGUCAUUCUGAAAUAGUACAAUAUUUAAUUGAUCAUGGAGCUAAUGUGAAUGCAAAAGCUGAUGAAGCUGGUGAUUCAGAAACUCCAUUAAUUGAUGCCGCUGAAAAUAAACAUCUUGAAACUGUAAAAAUAUUAUUAAAAAAUAAUGCUGAUCCUACAAUUUUUAAUAUUGAUGGUUUUACUGCUUUGACUAAAAUUUAUAAUGAACAUGCAGAUGAAGAAGGUUAUGAUGAAAUUAUUCAAGCUUUAGAAGAAGCUAAUAAUAAAAUUACUAAUAGACAAAUUUCUCAUGGUCGUUCAAAAAGUGAAUCUAUUGAAAAUGACUUUGUUGUAGUUGAUGAUCCAAAUGAAAAUUAUUUUGCAGAAUUAAUUAAAAGAAAAGGAAUUUUUAAAUGGGCUGCUGAAAAUCAAAAGGAAUUAGUUGCAAACCAUUUUGUUUCAGGUAAUAGUUUAGAAGAUAAACCAGAUAUAUUAAUAAUAGCUGCAAGAAAUGGACAUUCUGAAUUAAUUGAUAUUGCAUUAGGAUUAAAUCCAACUCAAUAUAAUAUUGAUACUGAAAAUUCAUGUGGUGUUACUGCUUUAUUAAGUUGUGUUGGUCGUGGGCAAAUUGAAGUUGUUAAAUCAUUAUUAACAAUGGGUGCAGAUCCUUUUAAAAUUAGAAAAAAAGAUGGUUUAAAUGCUUUACAAAUUGCUGAACAUUCUUCAAAAUUUAAUUUAAAAGAAAUUGAAUUGAUUAAACAAUACAUGGAAAAAAAAAGUGGUACAAAAAUUAUAUCUACAGUAUCAUCAAGAGUUACUUCUAGAAUUACUUCAAAACCUUCAUCUAGAGCACCAUCUGUUCCAGUUUCGGAUGAAUCUGAAGAAGAAGUUGAAAAGGAAUUAAAGGAGAAUGAAGAUAAAAUGGAUAUUGAUCAAGAAAAUCAUAAUUCGGAACCUGAAAAUGAAAAUGAAAAAUAUAUGAACAACUUGGAAGUUAAAAAAAUUAGAAGCAACCAAAGCAAAACUGAUCUCAAGAAAAAUAAAAGUACAGAUGAUAUAAGAAAAUUAAGUGAUAGUAAAUUGGAAAUGAAAAAAGUUAAAAGCAAUGAAGAUGAUAAGAAACGAAAACAUAUUGAUUCCAAUGAUGAUGACCAACAUCCAUUAAAGAAAUCUAAGUCCACUUCAGUUAUCUCAAAUUUAAAACAUAACGUAUCAUCUGGUAAAGACAAACUGAAUACAGAAACACCAACUGUUCAUAAAGAAAGAUCAAAUUCAUUUUACAAACCCCCAGUUUCACAAGUAGAAAAAUCAUUAUCACCUGCUUCAGUAUCAACUACUGCCACAAAACCUGUUGAAAAGGCAAAAUCUCCUCCACCAUUAACUCCUGCUCAAGAAGAAUUGAAACUUAAAAAUGCAGAAGAAGCUAGAAUAUGGCAAGAAAAAGCAGAAGCUAAAAAGAAAGCUAGAAAAGAAAUGUUUUUAAAAAUAGAAAAAGAAAAAGAAUUAAAGAAGAAAGAAGAAGAAGAGAAAAAAGCAGAGGAAAUUAAAAUUGAAGAAGAGAAGAAAGAUUUAGAAAAUAAUGACAGGACCAAAACUGAAGAUGCAAUCGCGAAAUCAGAUGAAACGAUUUCAGACGAAUUGAAGGAAAAUACAUAUGAUAAAUCAUCAAUACCUACCGAGAAACCAUCUGAGUCUAAAGAAGUGAUAGAUGUGGUUCAAAAUAUUCCUAAAAAGAUAGAAUCAACCGAUACACAACAAGCCAAAGAAAAUAAAAACAGAGUAUAUCAAUUUUACCCAACUGGUUUGCGUAAAAUUAAAUUCAAUUCAAAACCUACUACUUCAUCAAUUUCAAAAUAUGCACCACUUUAUAUUUUUAUAAUUGAUGAUGAAAAAUAUGUUUUAGAUUUACAAUUAUCAUUAAUUACUUUAACUCCAAUUUCAAAUUUAGAAUUUCAAAAUAAUAAUUUAUCAAAUUCAAUAAUCAUUGAAAAUGAACAAAAAUCAAAAUUAUGGAAAUUAUUUAAAAAUUUUAUUGGAACUGAAAAAAAUGAUAAAAAUCUUUUUUAUAAUCUUUCAAUUAAAUUUGUUAAAUAUGAAGAUACAAUUAAAUUAAUUGAAAAUCAAUUUCCAUUUGUUUAUGAAAAUAUUAAACAAAAGAAUAAAUCUGUUGAAGUUUUACUUGAUGAUUUAACUGGGUUUGAUGAUGAUGUUAAGAAAAGUACAAUUGAUUUAGUUCAUGCUUCAAAUGUUGAAAAUUUAGAUAAUAUUGAAAUUUUAAAAUUUAUUCCUCCUCAUUUAAGUUAUCGUAAAGAUAUUGUCAAUACCAUAAAAAGUACAAAUAAUCCUUUAUGGUAA